AUGUCUUAAAUGGACUCGGUUAUGUUUGAAAAAUAAGUCAAGUAGCAAAAUGUCAACCAGAUCGCAACUUACGAAAGAUUUAAAUGAAUCAGUAAAAGCGUUACUUGGUAAGCAUGUGAAGAUAUUACUGAAAAACGUUGUAAAAUUGGAAACAAAGCAGGAUAAACAAGAAAAUCGUGUUCUGGUUUUUUCACCAUGUCGUCUCUUUCUUUUAACUGCCAAAGUACCCACAAGGAUCGACUGUCAUUUUCAUUAUCUAGAAAUAACAUCUAUAGAAUCCAAAAGAGCAAACCAGUUAUCUUUAAGUGUCGGAGAAAGAUAUUACAAUUUUACUACUACAGGAGCAGGUGCAGAUACUACUGAAGUAGAUGCAAUGAUUGAGGCCUUACAUACUGCAAUUCGAAAUAUCUUUCCCACUGUACCAUUAAAUUAUAUUAUAAGAAAAAUAGAGGUAAUACCAGCUAGUAGAUUACAAAGCAUUAGAGGUAGUGAAUUAGCUAGGAGUACAGAAGCUACGAGACAUACAGGACCUUGUGGUGGAUUUUCAACCCAAUAUGCAUGCAUGUGUGAUUUACAUGGUGUGCCAUAUAGGGAAGAGGUUGCUUGGGACGUUGAUACAAUAUAUCUUUCCCAUGAUACAAGAGAAUUAAAUUUGAGGGAUUUUGAUCACUUAGAUCAAAAAGAUUUGGUGCCAAUUAUUUCUGCCUUAGAAUAUAACACUUGGUUUACAAAAUUAAGGGCAUCUCAUCUUAAGUUAAGUCAUGAACCUUUAGAAAGAUUGUUGCACGUUAUGCGCAGAUCUCUUUCCAUUCAGGAACUUUAUUUAGAUAAUCUUGGAAUUAAAUGGGAUUUUGCACAUAAAUUAUCAUUAGCUCUAAUUUCUAAUGCCAAUACAAUAUUACAAACCAUUGAUUUAUCUUACAAUACUAUUGAAGAUAAAGGAGCCUCUAGCUUGUGUGGGAUAAUUGCCAAGUUAAUGCAAGGAGGCGCACAUUUAAGCGGACCUAUUGGUAAAUUACCUAAAGGUUUACAGAAAUUAAAUUUAGCACAUUGUGGACUAACGGGAAAAGGAAUAAGUCAGAUUGCACAUGCACUGAGUUUAAAUAGAAGCAUGCCAACUAGUUUGCAAUAUUUAAAUCUUUCAGAAAAUUCUUUAAAAGAUGAUAUCAAUAAUCUGUGCAAUUUUUUAGCACAACCUAACAGCCUAACUCAUCUAGAUCUAAGUGGUACAGAUACUACUUUAGAAUGUCUGUUUGGUGCUUUACUACGAGGUUGUGCAACGAAUCUAGUCCAUUUAAAUGUUGCUCGUAACUCUUUUUCAAGCAAAAAGACCAAAGAAAUACCUCCCAGUUUUAAGCAAUUUUUUACAGCUACACUUUCAUUAAAGUACUUAAAUAUUUCUUGCUGCAAAUUGCCACUAGAAGCGUUAAAACACUUACUACUUGGUUUGGCAUGUAAUGAAAGUACGGUUGGUUUAGAACUUGAUAUGAGUGGAAAUAACUUAGGUUCUAUGGGUGCUCAUGUGUUAGAGUCAUGUAUCCACGGAGUUCGUUGUAUAGCAUCACUGGAUAUUUCAGAUAGUAAUAUGGAUGUUGAUUUAGCACAAGUAAUAACUGCAAUUGGAAAGAACAAAUCUAUAAAACAGUUAUAUAUGGGUCGGAAUACCGUUAGUAUGAAAAGUAAACAUAUUGCUGUUGUAAUGGAUGCUCUUGUGCAAAUGCUUCAAGAAGAUGAUUGUGUUUUGCAAGCAUUGCAUUUACCAGAUUCUCGAUUAAAAUCCGAUCUCUACAAUCUUAUUAAUGCUCUUGGUAGUAAUACAUGUCUUCAUACGUUAGAUAUUAGUGGAAACCAAAUUGGUGAUCCUGGUGCAAGAUUAUUAGCAAAGGCACUGCAAAUUAAUAAUCAUCUGAGAACAAUUAUUUAUGAUAAAAAUAAUAUUACACUUCAAGGUUAUGCUGACAUUGUUCAUGCUUUAGAAAAGAAUUGUAGUGUACGACAUAUGCCCUUUCCAAUUUAUGACUUGCAACCUUGUAUGAAAACAUCUGCAGAAAAAACCGAGCAGCUAGCUAAAAAAAUACAAGAUCUAUUGCAAAGAAAUGUUACACCAUGUAAAUAUAGUCACGGACAGGCAUUUAGAUUACAACAGGGAUUUUUGUUAAGCUCUACGCAACAGAUGGUCGAUAGACUUGUUGUACAAACUCAAGAUACUAUUAAAGCCAUUGCUGCAGAAAGCUGUGAUGCUAACAAUGAUAUUAAUUAUGCAACUGGUCUUAUACAAGACGCAGAUAAUUCAAAACAGCUUCUACCAAGGUUACAUGAAGUUCUUCAACGACGAGAUGAAAAUAACCCAAUUGAACUGAAAUUACAUGAAAUGGCAAAUGAACUUCAUAAAAUUGUAGCUUUAUACUUGCAGGAUUCAUUAGAUGCUAUGAUAAAAUGUACAAAUGAACAAUGCCCUACAAUAAUUUCACAAACCGUAAUUAGAGGAGAUGAGAGUGAAUCGAUCGCAAUAGAAGAUGAUUUGCGUAUCAGUUGCAAAGAAAAGAAUCAAAUUAGUAGUGAAUUUAUUCAUACUACGAUUACAGAACAAGCUGGAGCAGAUAUAGUCAAUAGAGUCAAUGAAUUAAAUUUAGCUGUUGCUGCUCAUAUAUCUGAUAGAAUCACAGAUGAAGUAAUCGAAUCAUUAUCAAGAAGCUAUAAAAAUCUGAUUGGGGAUUGUGAUAAUAGAACAAGAAGUAGUACACCAGAUGUAUUAAGACCUAGUGCUGGUUCAAUGAGUAGUGGAAGCGUUAUAGGGGUUACAAGUACUGUAGGUACAUCUACAACAUUACCCGUUGGUAGAACUAGUAUUGCAUCAGAAGAAGACUGUCCACCAGAAACUUAUUCACUUGUUAAUUCUAUUAGUCAACGUUCUAAUGACCAGUCUCCAAUGAAAUUGGAUUAUUUAAAUCUUGCAACGCCACAUCUGUCAAAUAAACGUAAAAGUUUACAUGGAAGAAAGUUACGGCCGAAAUCUGUAGUUGAUUCUGUUGAAGGACUUUCUGCUGAUGAUAUUCCGGACCUACUACCAUCACUACCAAAAAGUCAAGCAGAAGCUAUUUCAGAAACAGAACAUUCUUUAACAGAAUCACUAGAUUCUGUUUCUGAGUUGCCUAAUACCGUAGGACAACAAUUACAACAUUUAGUUAAAUCUAGACCUCGAAGAACAAAAACUAGAGCACCUACAAGACCAAUGUUGCGACCUGAUCAACCUAUAGAUGGUCUAGCUCUUGGAGAAGGUCUUGAUGUAUUCUUUCGACCAACUACACCAACUACGCCUCUUAUAUCUCCUACAAGUGAUGACAGCUCUUUACACACUUUUCCAACCGAUGGUAGUCCAAAUUUAUCUCUUACAAGUCACAAAAGUACUCCACCUGAUCUAGAUAAGAAACCUGCUUGUAAUUCACCAAUGUUAAAAACGCUUCUUGAACCUGCACCACGAUCACGCUCUAGUGAUAAUUUGGAGAAAUUUUCUCCCCUUGUUGGUAGAAGAUCUCAAGGGGAUUCACCAUUAACUGCGUCUCCAUUAGCACGACGGAACACAACCGAUAAUGCUCAAAACCAUGAAAGAAUAGCUUCAAAAUCCGAUAAUAAUAAAGAAACAUGUAGUAAUGUAUGUAAUAAUAGUAUCAGCAUUUCUGCUGAUGUAUCUAAGCGUAGCACAUUACCAAUUACUAGUUCUGGUACUAGUUCCCGUAAUUUACGGGAUUAUGAUGAAAAUAGUAAAAUGUUACAAAUAACUGCUGCAAAUUCUUCAGAUAAAGAUAUAGUAUCUAUUCCCAAAGAUUACGAAAACAGAAAAAGUUUAUCCAAAAAGUCUACGAUAGAUACGGAUAAGACUGUAAAUCAACCCCUACCUUCUCUUAAAUUAAGGUCAACAGGUUUUGAUCUUCGUAGUCCAACGAACGGUAGCAGUACAAAGAAUAAUUCAGAGUCAUCUAAAUCCCCAGUAUUAAAACCUUUAACCAAAGGAAAUAGUUCUAUUAAUGAUGGAAAAAAUAAUGGUGCUAUUCUGAAAACUAAGCCAACUCCACCUGCAACAGCACCAAAACCAAGGCCUUGGAGUAUGGCCACUGAUAGAAAAUCCGGCGAAUUUAAUUUAUUAAGCGACGGUUCUAGUCCAAAUACUUCAGCUGGAAAUACACCUGAUUCUGGAGAUGCUCUUGAUGAAUCAACUGAUAGCGGUGUAAGUGGCCCAGCUUCAUUACCACCAACACUGUCAGCAAGUAGCACGGCUAGUUCUUUAAGCAAUACUAGCGUCGAAAAACGAUCUGUGAGGGAACUGGCAGCUAGUUUAAAUAAGAGUAAACCAGAAAAGAAGGAAAAUGAGCAUACCGCACCUGCAGCAUGGAGGUCGGUGCUUCAACGUUCUGUCAAGCAACCUGACGUCAAGGUAACGGAAGUGCCGAAAACGGUUGAAGAAAAUCAUAUAAAUUUUAAACUUAGACGUACUUCAUUUCUACGUGAUUCAAAUUUCAACUAUAAUAACGAUGUAGUUGAUGUUUGAUCGUGAUUUAUUGCAGUAACAAUUUGAAAAUCAAUGUCAGUGACUUGAUACUUAUUAAGUUAUCUUUCAUCAGAAUAUUAUAUAUUAGGCACAAAAGUAUGCAAUAUGACACGUUUAUAUUUGUGCCAUACUAAAUCAAAUACAAAACAUGUAUGUACUAACACAAUAUUAGUGGCAGGGUACUGGAAGUUUCUAUAGAAAGUACCUAUGUAUUAUUAAGGUGGCAUUAAAAAUCUUAUUAUAGUUUUUUAUAAUACUGCAUUUCUGACGCAGUUUAUAUUAUUUUAGCAGUAAGUAUCUGUAUUUAAUGUACAAAAAAUCGUUUAAUGUUAUAAUAAGUUAGAAAACCUACAUUUUUUUAAAAAACAUAUUUUUAUGCUUUUACAUUCCUUUAAAGUUUUAGAGAAAGGUCUGUUUGAUAUCUACAGUGAUAUUAUUUACAUGAUAAAUUUCGUUAUAUUUGUUUUAACAUUUAAAUAUUUAUAUAUUGUUUGUCGGUACAUAUAAAACAAUAUGUUUUAUGGUACAUUACAAAUUACAGUUUUUAUUAUUUUAAAUAUCUUAUAACUGUUCUACUAUACAAAAAUCCGCUUCAUAAAUUUUUAUAACGAAACAAAUCUGUUCAUUCUAUUAUACAAUUGUUCAUAUACAAUUUAUUCAUUCUUACUAGACUUGAGAUAUAAAACAUAAACUUUUAAUUAAAUUGUGGUGUAACAGUAAUUAUGUUUGCUUCUUCCACUAUAAUAUGGUUUUUAUUAAAUUAUAUUUUUUAAAUACGAUAUUAAAUAUUAUUUCUAAAACCGUAUGGACAAUUGGAAUUGAUAAAUGCACAAAAACUUAGAGGAUUAUAAAAUGUAUGCUGUGUGCCA